UUCCAAUUUAGUAAUGUCAAUAAAAUUAAUCAAUAUUUUUAUUUCCACUUCAGGUCGUUGGCAACGAACACAAUACUCUGAUAUUUGAUAUUAAAACUCCCAGUUCUAAUCAGUCAUCAUCACAUAAUGUUUUAUUCGUUUGCAUUGCUGGCGAUACGGAACAGAAAGCAAAAUUUGAAUUUCAUGUGAAGGAAACAUUUCGAUGACAUUUGUGCUUACGUUUAUUCUCUUCCGUAGCUAUGUUCUCGGUCACUUGUUGACAGCAUUUGAACUUUAUGAAGAGAAGCGCGUUCGUUUUCAAACUCAAACACUUCUUCAAGUGGCUCGUCGAUUGUUAGGCAAAAUUGGUGACUUGGGACAGUUACUAAGAGGUGUAAUGGCGGAAGCCCGAGAAUUAGCGAAAGCCGAACGUUGUUCGUUGUUUCUUCUCGACAAAGAUACUGGAGAAUUAGUGUCGAAAGUUUUUGAUGGCAAUGCAGUGACUCAACGAAAAUCAUCAAGGGAAAUAAGAAUUAGUGGACAUCAAGGCAUCGCAGGCCACGUCGCACAGACAGGGAAACUUCUCAACAUACACAACGCAUAUCAACAUCCACUUUUCUACAAAGGAAUUGACGAACAAACGGGAUUUAAAACAAGAAAUAUUUUAUGCUUUCCAAUCUGUGACGAAGAGCGUGUCAUUGGUGUCGCACAACUUUGCAAUAAAAUCGACGGAUUUCAUUUUGAUAAAUGUGAUGAGGAAACAGCAACAGCAUUUUCGGUUUACUGUGGAAUUUCAAUAAUGCAUUCAAUGGUUCAUAAAAGAGUUCAAAAAGCUGAGGCAAGAUAUAAAUUAUCACAAGAACUUUUACUUUUUCAUAUGAAAGUUCCUGACAUUGACGUGAGAAAUUGUCUUAACAGCACAUAUUUGCAUAGCGCAGAAGAAAAGUUUCCAACUUUUGAUACUUUUGAGUUUUGUCCUCGUGAUGUUGACGAACAUAGUUCAAUCUACUUAUGUAUAAAAAUGUUUAAAGAUCUUGACUUCAUUGCGUUGUUUAAGAUUCCCGAAGAGAAGCUUGCACGAUUUUUGUUACUUGUUCAAAAAGGCUAUCGAAACACGCCUUAUCACAACUGGUUUCAUGCUUUCUCCGUCGCACAUUUUUCUUAUGUUUGCAUGAAGAAUUUAAGAUUGAUGGAGCGUGGAAUCAUCACGAAGCUACAGGGACUUUCAUUUCUCAUAUCGUGUCUGUGUCAUGAUUUGGAUCAUCGCGGUUUCAACAAUUCUUACAUGACACAGUCGGGGAGUCAAUUGGCACGUCUCUACAGUUCGGAAGGAUCAAUCAACGAACGACAUCAUCUGUCUCAAGCUAUUUGCAUUUUAAAUGAUCCGGGAAGUAAAAUUCUCGAUUCCUUGUCAACUGAACAAUUUAUGGAGUCGAUUGAUUACCUUCGUGAGUUGAUUUUGGCGACAGACCUGGCGAAUCAUUUUCGAAUUUUUAAACAACUGAAAACAUUAAAUCCGGAGAAUAUUGUGGAUAAUCAACGAAUGUUGCUGUCCUUGUUGAUGACAUGUUGUGACCUAAAUGAUCAAAUAAAAAUGUGGACAACUGUGCAUAGUGUCGCUGAACUUGUCUACACAGAAUUCUUUGCUCAAGGCGAUCUUGAACGUCAAAUGGGACUGAAUCCAAACCUUAUGAUGGAUCGAAAGAAAGCUUGCAUCCCCGCAUUACAAAUUGAGUUCCUCGACACGGUCGUUACACCAACGUUUGAAAUAUUUGUUCAAAUCUUUCCUGAGAAAUCAGAUUUUCUUCAAACGAUUUCAAUAAAUCGCGAGCAUUGGGUUGAAGUGAAAGAAAAGGAAACGACUAAAAAUGGGAGUUCAUGUUAAAAAGCCUUUUAUAAGUAUGAAAAUGAAAAAAGAAAACUGACCAAAGCUGAAGAAAAUCUUCUUAGUUUAAUUAAAUUUUGAAGCAAGACAAAAAAUUGCAUGCAUGUACAUAAAAAUAAAUUAAAGUUUAAUUCAAUUUUGUUUUCAUUCAAUGUUUGUUUAAAAUUUCAUCCGAAAUAAAUUCAAUUAGAGAUGGUGAGAAACUUUUGGUGUUUCAACUAAUUUGAAACUUUCAAGAGGUGAAAUUUCGAAGCAAUCUUUAAUAACAUGAAAGAAUUUAAGAAAUUUUGAUAGAAUUUAAUCAUUUUGUUCAUGAAUAAUUAAUUAAAGAGAUACUUUUAAGCUUAAACGCUUCGUUAUUCCACCUUUUGCUUUCCAAACCAAUCUUUUCAUAUAAUCACAAAAAUGAAAGUGAAUAAGAAAUCACAAAGGGAAAAUUAGAAUAAAAUCCCAAAAGUCUAAUUUGAAACCACCAGCAUUUUCUUUUUUCUUGAUGAAAAUUUGAUUUCCUUUUCUUUGACACUCAACUUAUCAAAGGCUUUUGAUUCAAACUUUUCUUUUCUUCACCGUCGUAUUUUUAAAUGUGUUGCGAAAUUGUGGUAGAGUAGAAAAUGAUUAAAAUCAUAACUUAGAUUUAAAAAACAUUUAUCCUUGUGUUAAAUUUAUGUUUCUUUAAUUACAAUUUGCAUUUGAAAUUUAGUUUGCUGGUCAAACUUAAUAUAUUUGAAAUAUCUUAUGAUUUACUUUCUAAUCUAAAUAAAUUAAUAAAUCUGUGCAUUUUUAUUAAUCUAAAGAAUUAAAUUUUUCCUGAUAAACUUAGAAUUGUACUUGUAAGAUGUAAAUGAAUAAUGACGGCAUUAUAUAAAUUUUUAUUUCAUGAAAAGUGAAAACAAAAUGCUUCUUAAUAAUUUC